CUUCUGUCAAUCUAAUCAGAUAAUAAUCUGCUCUCAACAUGUCUGUUAAUAUUUUUGGAGAUCAAGCGACUGAAGAAAGAGCUGAAAAUGCUCGUUUAUCUGCUUUCAUAGGCGCCAUCGCUGUUGGUGACUUGGUUAAAUCAACUCUAGGUCCUAAGGGUAUGGAUAAAUUGUUGCAGUCUGCUAGCUCAGACUCCUCAAUGGUCACCAACGAUGGUGCCACUAUCCUUAAGGCAAUCCCAUUAGAUAAUCCGGCUGCAAAAGUUUUAGUCAAUUUAGCAAAAGUUCAAGAUGACCAGGUUGGUGAUGGUACCACCUCUGUCACUGUAUUGGCAUCUGAAUUGUUACGAGAGGCUGAACAGUUGAUCAAUAAAAAGAUUCAUCCUCAAACUGUUAUCGAAGGCUAUAGAAUCGCUUCAAAGGCUGCAUUGAAAGCUUUACUCGAGGCCUCCGUCGACAAUAAAUCAAAUUUUGACACUUUUAAACAAGACUUGAUUAAUAUCGCAAAGACAACUUUAUCCUCAAAAAUCUUGGCUCAAGAUAAAGAUUAUUUUGCCAACUUGGCUGUGGAUUCUAUUCUAAGAUUAAAAGGUUCAACUAAUUUAGACCAAAUUCAAAUUCUAAAAAUUGUUGGUGGUAAACUAAAUGAUUCCUAUUUGGAUGAAGGUUUUAUUUUAAAUAAAAAAUUUGGUGUUAAUCAACCCAAAAAAAUUACAAAUUGUAAAAUAUUAAUUGCCAAUACCUCAAUGGAUACCGAUAAAGUUAAAAUUUUUGGUGCAAAAUUUAAGGUAUCUUCAACUUCCAAACUAGCUGCUUUAGAAAAAGCAGAAAAGACCAAAAUGCAUAAUAAAGUUUUAAAAAUUCAAAAAAAUUUUAAAGAUAUUAACUGUUUCAUCAAUAGACAAUUAAUCUAUGAUUAUCCCGAACAAUUAUUCACUGACUUUGGAAUAAAUUCAAUAGAGCAUGCUGACUUUGAAGGUGUUGAAAGAUUGGCCUUUGUCACAGGAGGUGAAGUUGCUUCAACUUUUGAUAAACCAGAACUAGUCAAAGUGGGUUAUUGUGACACAAUCGAAGAAGUCCUUAUUGGUGAAGAGUCAUAUGUGAAAUUCUCUGGAGUUCAAAAAGGUGAAGCUUGUACAAUUAUCCUUAGAGGUGCAACCCAGUAUGUUCUUGAUGAAGCUGAAAGAUCCUUACACGAUGCUUUGUCUGUGCUUUCUCAAACAACUCAAGAAACCAGAACUGUUUUAGGAGGUGGCUGUUCGGAAAUGAUAAUGUCAAAAGCCGUUGAUACUGCUGCUCAAAAAGAAGAUGGCAAAAAGGCUUUGGCUGUUGAAGCAUUUGCAAGAGGUUUAAGACAAUUGCCAACCAUAUUAGCUGACAAUGCUGGUUUUGAUUCAAGUGAAUUGGUAGCAAAAUUAAGAAGCUCAAUUUACAAUGGUUUAUAUACAUCAGGUUUAGAUCUUGAUCAUGGUAUUGUCGCUGACAUGAGAGAAUUGGGAAUUGUUGAAAGUUAUAAAUUGAAAUACCAUGUUGUUAAUUCAGCUACUGAGGCCGCUGAAGUUUUAUUAAGAGUCGAUAACAUUAUUCGUGCAAAACCAAGAACUGCUGAUAGAAAUAGAGGUCCUAUUUAACAUAUUAUAACAUUAAUAAUGUAUAGUUUAUUAUAAUGAUAUCGUAUUUACAUAUUUAAUAUAAGUCGUUAAUUAAUAAUUUCAAGUUGUCCUUUUUUUGAUAUCUCUCAUUUUGUGCUUUCUUUUCUACUUGUUAGUUAAUUAGUUAGUUAGUUUCAAGACAAGUUGAAUAAUUUUAUAAAUUCAUGAGGAACAUUAUAUGGUUUAUUUAUAUAUAAAAAUAUUUAAAAAAAAUUAGUGAGCUUUUUAUCAAAAGUAAUUUUUAUUUUUUAAAAUUGGAAUA